AUGGCUUCAAUUUCGCUACCUCCACAGCCUCAAACUACUUCAUCAUUCUCUCACUAUCUCGACUCGGCGCCUCAUCCGGCACCGGGGCACAGCCGCCGCAACCUGACCAUGUCUUCACCACUGCCCAACCCGCCGUUCGUCUUUCCGGCGCGAGAUCCAAGUGCGGCCCCGCAAACUCCGGAGCGCAAGUCCAGGAGUGCUGCGCCCCUUCCGGCUUUCUCUUUCAAUCCAGGCGCCACACAUUCAUCGCAGCCAUCCAUGCCGACUCUUCCAGUGAAUCGACCGGGCGGGCACCGUCGACGAUGCAGCGAACUCAUCGGUAAUGACCACUUAGUCGCUUCUGGGACUGUGGAAGCGAAUAAGGACGAGACUCCCGAUCCUGCUCCUGCUCCUGCCCCCAUUCCCGCUCCCUCCAGCCUCCCGACUCCGGGACCUGGUUUCAGCGCGGGCGGUCCAGACACAACUCAGGACCAGCAUCGAGUUGACGGCAUCCGACGCCCCAUCUCCCAUUCAGCAAUCAGUUUGGGUCGGCCCACGCCCCCUGCUUCACCGAGAAUCACUAUCAAUGGGGAAUCACUCCACCCGCCACGACCCGAAAGUCCGGUCAGCCCUCUCUCUGCUGAGCAUACGCUCUCAGACACCCCGUCGAAAGACGAAAACACGGCAUUCACGCGUCCAGAAACUGCCGCUAGAAAUAGCAACGUAACUGGGGAUCCUAGCCUGUCCUCGCAGCAAGUCGAGGAGAAACCCAAGCCUCGGCCGAGGACUGCGGAUGCAUCGCUGAUGCUGAGCUCGAGCGCCAAUGGUGGGUCAAACGAAAUGUCACGAUCAAAACGGCCACUCUCCGCCACAGGACAUUCGCGCUUUCGGAAGAGUCUCUCGUCGGGUGUUCUUGACGCUGCCCUUCGGCGGCAUAACAUGGGUGACCACCCUUGGGCUGACCCGCGACAUUCGUCGUCUGAUGACGCAGACUCGGAUGCGUCUGCCGACGAGCACGGAGCUUCAGGGUCUGGGUCGAAGAAACGGGUGAAAACCAAGAAGCGCCAAAAGAAGGUCCGGUCGUGGGCUGGUUCGAUUCUGACUCGGGGCAAAGGCAAGCGCCAUCAAUCGAAGAAAGAGCCUUCGGAAGCCAAGUCGGAAGAAGUUCGAGCGCCCGUUCUCACACGAACGAAUUCAGACCUUGGCUCUGGGCUGGAUGUCGAGUUUGACGAUGAUAAUAUCGUCGUGAUCCGGACCCCGACCAACCCCAAUGCCCCAAGAUCGCAGCAAUCAGCCGAUGACGACCAGCCGACCUUGGAAAAUUCUUGGAAACCUCGGAGCUUCUACGAACAAGAUACGCAGCAGAAUGACACGCUCAGCCCCAUCAUCGAUCUGGACGCGGCCUUGGGACCUUUUAACACACCUGAUAUGGGUUCUCGGAAAGUAGCAGAGAGUGGUUUCUCAGCAGCAAGCAGGCGCAUGUACAGCGGAGGGCGGCGAGGAGAAUUCGUCGGGCCGGAGAUGCGAUAUCAUCGACGCGCAGAAAGCGCUCCGGCAUUGCCACCCUUCGACCGCAGCUUCCUGGCGAGUAGUCGACUCUCUAGCAAUUUCGCAAUGGAGCAUCCGGAUGUGUUCUAUGAGGAAGAAGAGGAUGCCUUCUUAGCCGCUACGAGCGAAUCGGAGAAGGAUUGUGGCGGUCAGGUGUCGACCACGGCGGUCCCAGCUCCAACGGAGGAACCCGACAAGGAGUCAGAGCGUAGCAAGGAAAGCUCGCAGACUUUGACAUGCCAGCGGCCCGUCGAGAAUAAUGACAUGCAAAACACUCAGACCGGUCUAGGGAUCGGAGAGCCGCCAAAGUCACCCACUCCUAGCGACGUCCCACCGACAACCGAAGAAUCUCCGCAGACGGACCGGCAAGAUGUUACGAAGCAGCUGCGAAACGCCUCGAACCCUUUCUCGAACUAUCCAAGGGGUCCCCUGGACACCGCCAAGCAGCAAGAUUGGCAUCAGAGGAUACCAAAAUUGCCAAUUCCGCCUAGUCCCGACAUCUCGCCCCGAUUCACACCGGCUGAUCAGCGGCCUGCCACCUCCCCGCUAGAGUUGACACCCAACAUUCCGCAAUUCUCUCUGCAUGGAGGUAGUUCCAUCUCGAACUCCUCGUUCCCCUCGCCGGAUUUCACUGUCUCUUCGGAUGCUCCUCGUUCGGUCACCACAUCAUCUACCGACCGCAACUUCUCCAACCCGUCCUACAACCAAUCGAUGGAUUUCCCUCACGCAUCUGUUGAAGAUGUGCCUUCAUUGACGAGUAGUGCAUCGACUAUGACGAAUACGCUGAACCGGUUCUCUGCGAAUUUCUUCCAGCGCCCUCGACUAUCGACUGAUCGUUCAGCUUCGUUUUCUGCUGCUGUGCAUCGGCGCUCUAGUCAGCCUAGCAGUUCCAAGCGAUCCAGUCUUGCCAGUCUUUCCAAACUGGUGGCUGGGCCUGGCUCCGAAAAGAGCAAGCUGAGCUAUGAGGAGAAACCGCCGAGCGACGACCCUGAGAAGGCGCGGAAGAAGGGCCGGCGAAUCAGCCGUUUGAUGCACUUCUGGAGAACCAAAGACAAAGAUCGGUUGAACGACGAUGUUGUUCGCGAAGAACACCCAUCAUAA